CAGGGGCAAAUCCCAAGUGACAGUCAACGAAAUCUUCCUUAAGCGAUUUUUAACUUUUAUUAAAAAUAAAUCAUCUAUUUUUAUAAAUAUCUUCGCGAAGAAUACCUUUUUUUUUGCCAAUAGCAACUACUAAAUCUCAAGUAGAUCAUCAUCGAAUGAAAAUAAUCAUUAUAAUAAUUCAGGUAGAGAUUAUAUUUUUUGCAUCAUCUAAUGAAUGAAAGUUGUGAAAAAAAUCAUAAUUAAAAGGAAAAUAAUUAAAAUAAUUUUUUUUUACUUUUUGAAUUAAGAAAAUAUAAGUACAAUUUGAAAGAAGAAAAAUCAAAGGGGUUCUCCAAAACAAAAAGUUAAAAUUAACAUAAGCAGAAGUGUGAGAAAAAAUUUUUUUUUUUUGGUAAAAAGUGGGAUCUAAUCUUAAAGUGACUCCUCUUUCACUUACCUUCAUAUUUUUCUUACUUUCCUGCGCUCUCUUCUCGCGUUAGAGUCGCGUUGUCUCUCGGAAUUAUGCUUUCGUGCCGCACCGGUCGACUCAGUUGAGACUUACAGCUCGUGCCGUCAAGACACCGUCCGCUUAAUCAAUUUAAAAAAAAAAACAAACACUUUCAAUUAAAUCCCCAAGAUAAUAAGUUUAAAAUCAAAGUAGAAGAUAAAGGAGAGUAAUUAAAAAAUUAAUUGACACUUAAAAAGUGAUUUUUGUGAAAAUAAUUUAACUUUUUCGUGAAAAUGAUGUUUAAGAUAAUAUAAUUAUUUAUGUAAAGAAUAGAAUUAGUUUAAUAAUUGAAUAAAUAGUGAGUGAAUAAAUUUUAAGAAAAAUGAGCUAUAAGAAAUUAAUAAUUAGUCUGUUGAUGCUGAGCAUCAUCACCACGUGCGUCUCGAGUCGUAGCCAGGGAUAUUCGAAGAAUGAUAUUGAGUCAUUGAAGAAAGUAAAAGAACGGUUACGAAGAAGUUUUCAUGAUGCAGAAGAAGAAAAAACAGUGCCAUUUAGCCCGAAGACAUUAGAAACCAUGCUGGAGAAAGCAAUUCUAAAGAUUAUCACUGGAGACUUGAGUACUGGUGACAUGUUACUUUUAAGAAGUUUAAAUUAUAGCCUGGAAGAAGUUUUAACGAUUCGCGAGAGAGAAUUGGCUAAAAAAAAUGAUAGAGAGUCGAAAAAUCGUAAGAAAAAUAAACACAAUUCUCAAGAGAAUGAGGAUAAAAUAACAAAAAACUUUGGAGAACCUGAAGAAGAAUUUGAAGAAGACUCAGAGGAAGAUGAAGAUGUUAUUGAUGUUGAUGCUUACAAUAGACAGGCUGUUUUGGAUUAUGAAAAUUUGGCUAAUAAAAUGGAAGCAGAACUAAAAGAAUCUAGAGAAAAAAAUUCUGGCAUUGAAGAUAAAAAUAAAGAUAUUCAAACUGAUAAACAUGUGGCAUUUGAUGACGCUUUAGAGCCUCGAGUAAUUUUUAAAAUUCGCUACAAUGAUUCAGAUAUGAAUUCUGUAAUUGAAAACAAUGAACAAAUUGUUAAAAAAAAUACUAUUGAUACAAAUGUGGAAAAAAAUAUUGGAUCUUCAGCAUCAAGUGAUUUUUAUUCUAGUAUGUGGAAUCCCUUUCAUUCUUCUGAGUUGUCUACACUUCCUAUUCCUUAUCAAUUAAGUGUUUCUGAAGAAUCAUCAAAAGAGAAACAAAGUAAUUCAACUAAAAAUGUUGAAAAAGAGAAUUUGGACUUGAAGAAUGAGAACGUGAAUGCAACAAGAAGAAUUCAGGAGUAUGAAGGAUUGGAGUGGGUGGAAGAUGAUGUUUAUAGGGUUGUACCGGAGGCAUUGAAUGAUGAAAUGGAGAAUGAAGAAGUAAUAGAAGAGUUUCAUUCGUUGAAUUCUUCGAAUGAAGAAAUGGCUAAUGAUGAUCUUGGAUACCAAGCAAAUUCAAAUUUACCUCAAGAAGAUGGAGCCUCUUCUUGGAAUGAUAAUGGAGUUGGGAAUUUGUCGACUUAUCAGCAGCUCGCUUUAGCACAUCGUCGAGAUGGGAAUCAGUCGAGCUUCGACAGCCAGGGACAAAAAGCCAUCGAGGACAUUAAGCUCAGAGUUCUUGCAAUGACUGGAAGAUUCAACCUUACCUCCAACAGCAAUCAGAUUCAACGAGAAAGGCUCACCAUGUUUUCACCAAUAUGUCAAAUUCCAAGGAAUACUGAUUUAGAUGUAUGGUCUGAUCAACUUCUAAUGAAUAUGUACUUUCAAUUAAACCUUACGUCAGAAGACCACGUGGUAGCAGCUAGACUAAGGAUUUAUAAGCUGCCUCAAAAUAAUACAACACCUUCCAGCACUACCAAUCCCUUCGAAGAAGAUGAGGAAGAAGAGAAAAAAAUCAGGAUAUCAAUUUACUAUUACACAAGAUCAUUAAAAAAACAUCGAUCUAAAAAACGAUUGAUGGACAGUGUGGUAACACCAUUGACAUCAGAAGGAAGUCAUUUAGCUCUAGAUGUGAGACAAGCAUUAAGAUUUUGGAGACAAACACCACGAAUUCACGGAAGUAGUACUAAUCAUGGAUUGGUGAUUCAGGUUGAGGAUCAAGAUGGAAGACCAUUGAAACCAUCGCUUUAUAUUCAACAGGACUCUUGUCACUCCAGUGGAAAAAAUACAGAUAACAAGGCAUACCAACGCGUCCCUGCACUCUUCCUUCGAGCCUGUUCUCGUUACGUUCGCGUCGUAAAAGGAGAAGCAAUAACUUAUGUAAAUUGCAAACACAUUACACGUAACAGGCAUCGAUCGUGAAGAUGAAAAAAACGUCGUAAAUAGUUUUAGAUAAUUAAUUAAUGAAAUAUUAUAAUAAAAAUAGAUUUAUUUAAAAAUAAUAAUAGAGAGAAGAAAAAAUUUUAAAAAUCUUAGUAAUACAAUUAAUUAAAGAGAGUAGUAUUUAUAAAGAAAUGUAGAGAAGAUUUAAUUUUAUAAUAAUUUCUUCAUAUCUUUUCCCUUUAUUUUUGUAUGUAAAUAGUGAAAAAUAAUUAAGAAAUUAUUAUUAUUAUUUACUUAGGAGUUUUUGUAAUAAGUUGCUUUU